AUCAUCGUUCAGCUCCAGCGAGAUUGAAAUGAGAAGUCCAGCAUUCUAUCGCUUCAAACUCAAGGUAUGGAAAUGAAAAGUAGUGCUGGAAGUCUGACAAGAACAAGAGGUUCUGAUGAAAUGAUCAUCAACGCACUCCGAACGCAAUGUACUGGAACACUCUCACCGUCGUUGCGCUCUUGGGGCAGUCCGUCCGCGCGCAGAACAUGCUGCGCUUCGGCUGCUCACAACUCAGCAUUGAGCGUGCUGAUACUCUCGAGAAUCCUGGAGUUGCCCCUUCCCCUCAUACCCAUCAAAUCGUGGGAGGAAACUCUUUCAAUAUCACGAUGACACCCGUCACUUAUGAUCCUUCCGUCCAGUCGACUUGCACAAGUUGUACAUACUCCGAGGAUUUCGGCAACUACUGGACUGCUUCCUUGUACUUCCAGUCGCCCGAUAAUGGCACCUUCCAACGUGUUCCUCAAAUGGCCAAUGGCGGGCUUACACAGAAUGGAGGACUGACGGUGUACUACAUGCCUUACAGUGCCAAGAACAACAAAAUGACAGCCUUCCCGCCAGGCUUCAGAAUGAAGGCAGGAGAACCGACAGCCACAACGGACAACAGAGUCUCAAUCUGCCACCGCUGCCUUGGAAAUGGAGAGGGCUUCGCUCCGUGCGAUGCUAAAAACAUCGGACCAUUCCCUGACAAGUACUGCCCUCAAGGGAUCCGAGCUUCUAUCAUCUUGUAACGGUCUCGCCUGACUGUCGGGUUUGUUGGCUGUAGAGUGA